GGAGCUGGAGCUGGAGCUGGAGGAGGCGCCCGGGGCCUGGAGUGACGCUCGGGAGCCGGGCGGCCGUGUCACCGUCUCCUUCCUUCGCUCGGCCUCAGGCGGGGAGUCAGGCGGCCGGGAAGGAGUAGCCCCCUACACACACCGCGGUGACACCCCUCUCUCUGAUCCCUCCCCUCCCCAGCCCCGUCCUCAAGGCCUCAGACCCCGACCUCCCCCCACAGUGAGGCCUCGGCCUCGGCCUCUAGGCCCAGCCCGCUUCACCCCCCACCCCAGCAGUCGCUGCCGGUGCUGGCGGUGGGCCCCGCGUACACGGAGAGCCCGCGGGCCGCUAUGUCGGAGCUGAAGUCGGCGUCGGACACCUACAAGGGCUGGCUCUUCAAAUGGACCAACUACAUCAAGGGAUACCAGCGGCGGUGGUUCGUGCUGAGCAACGGGCUGCUCAGUUACUACAGGACCCAGGCAGAGAUGGGGCACACGUGCCGCGGGACGAUAAAUCUCGCCACGGCCAACAUCACCGUGGAGGACUCGUGCAAUUUCAUCAUCUCCAACGGGGGAGCCCAGACAUACCACCUCAAGGCCAGCUCGGAGGUUGAGCGCCAGCGCUGGAUCACAGCCCUGGAGUUGGCCAAGGCGAAAGCUGUCAAGAUGCAAGCUGAAUCAGAUGACUCCGCUGAUGAAGAGCAGUCUUCUCAGACGGACAAGACCGAAGUGCAGAACACGCUGAGGACCCUCACGAGCAAGGUGGAGGACCUCUCGACGUGCAACGACCUCAUCGCGAAGCACGGCACCGCCUUACAGCGCUCGCUCAGUGAGCUGGAGAACCUCAGGCUGCCUCCCGAGAGCUCCGAGAAGAUUAAACAAGUGAACGAGCGAGCCACCCUCUUCCGAAUCACCUCCAACGCCAUGAUCAAUGCUUGCCGUGACUUCCUGCUGCUGGCCCAGACUCACAGUAAGAAAUGGCAGAAAGCCCUGCAGCAUGAGCGGGAGCAGCGGAUCCGGCUGGAGGAGACGCUGGAGCAGCUGGCCAAGCAGCACAACAACCUGGAGCGAGCAUUCCGCGGAGCAACCGUCCUGCCCCCCAGCAGCACGCUCAGUGUCGGCUCCGUCAAAGGGAGCACAGGUAGCCGGGAUCUGAGUGAUGAGGAUGACGAGAACGAAUUCUUUGACGCCAUGGAGGACGUGGCGGAGUUUAUCACCGUCCAGGCUGAUUCGCGGUACCACAGGCGAACGGGGAGCAACAUCAGCGGAGCCAGCAGCGAGGGAACCUUUGAGGAUCAAUUGUCAGAUGAGCAGAUGUCCAGCAGCAACACCAGCUCCAGCACCAGCGCAGUGGAGCUGGUGAGCAAAGAGCCAGCGACCAAGCGCCGUCGGAGGACCAGCAUUCCCGACAAACCCAACUACAGCCUCAACCUGUGGAGCAUCAUGAAGAACUGCAUCGGCAAGGAGCUGUCCAAAAUCCCCAUGCCGGUGAACUUCAAUGAGCCCCUGUCGAUGCUGCAGCGACUGACGGAGGACCUGGAGUAUCACGAGCUCCUGGACAGAGCCUCCAAGUGCGAGAAUGCCUUAGAGCAGCUGUGCUACGUGGCUGCCUUCACUGUGUCCUCAUACUCCACCACCGUCUACCGAACGGGAAAGCCUUUCAACCCCUUGCUCGGGGAGACCUUCGAAUUGGACCGGCUGGAAGAUGAAGGAUUCCGGUCCAUCUGCGAGCAGGUCAGUCACCACCCUCCAGCUGCUGCACAUCACGUCGAUUCCAAGUAUGGCUGGACGUUGAGGCAAGAGAUAGCUAUCGCUAGCAAAUUCAGAGGAAAGUAUCUGUCCAUCAUGCCCCUGGGUACCAUCCACUGCAACUUCCAUCAAAGCGGCAACCAUUACACGUGGAAGAAGGUCACCACCACCGUGCACAACAUCAUCGUGGGCAAGUUGUGGAUCGAUCAGAGCGGCGAGGUUGACAUCAUCAACAGGAAGACCAGGGACAAGUGUCACUUGAAGUUCGCACCUUACAGCUAUUUCUCUCGCGACGUUGCACGGAAGGUCACCGGUGUCGUAUCGGACAGUAUGGGGAAAGCUCACUUCAUUCUGUCCGGGACGUGGGACGAGAAGAUGGAAUACUCGCGGGUCCUGCACAGCAGCAAAGGCGAGAACAGUGCGGAAGGGAGGCAGAAGACGGUGUACGAGACCCUGCGGGGGAAGGAGCUCUGGAGAAGGCACAAAGCGCUGGAACGCGCGGAAUCCAUGUACUACUUCUCGGAGCUGGCCCUGUCCCUGAACGAACUGGAGGAUGGGGUGGCCCCCACUGACAGUCGCUUGCGGCCGGACCAGAGGAUGAUGGAGAACGGCCGCUGGGAUGAGGCCAACAUGGAGAAGCAGCGGCUGGAGGAGAAACAGCGGGCCGUGCGACGCAAACGAGAGUCCGACGUCAGCAAGCUGACAGACGGACAAACGCAUUCUGCAGAAUCCUCCUACCGCCCACUCUGGUUUGAGAAACGUGAGGACCCUUACACCAAAGAGCUGGUGCAUGUCUACAAAGGGGGCUACUGGGAGGCGAAAGAGAAACAAGACUGGCACCUCUGCCCGGAUAUCUUCUGAAGCCCAGUGCCUGCUUCUGCCCAGUGCUGGGGGGAGUGUGUGUGUGUGUCUGUGCGCGCGCGCGUGUGUGUGUAAAAGAGAGAGAGAGAGAGAGAGAGUGGGCACCUAGCCUUGACCACCCCCCGCCCCCCCGGACUCUAACUGAGAGAUCACUUCUGUCCAUGGCGGGUCCUGACGUGGGAGAUCCAGCGGGAAGAUCCUGGAGACUGAAGGGGAGGGAGAUGGUGACGGUGCAGGGAAAGGGUUACUCGUCCUUCGCCGCCCACCUCAUGACCCCCUCAGCCUUUACCCACCCACUGAACCCCCUCCUCUCACGUCGCCUUUGUCUCUGGCGGGUGGGGGUGAAGAUGUUCAGUCAACCCCUCCUCCCCUGCUCCAUGCCCCCACCUCCCUUCCACGCGUUGUACGUAAAACAAAGGACAGAAGGG